GCAGAGCACAAAAGGGGAUUUUCCCUCUCAACCCAUCUCUCUUUGUCUUUCUCUUUCUACGUACGGUUUUUAAUUUCUGAUCUGAAAUUCGACAUUCUCCGAGAUUUCCCCCUUUAAUUGAAACGGGGAUUUUAAUUUUCAUCAACAGUCAUCGAAGCUGCAGACGGAGACCAGAAACAAUGGCUUAAUUGAUUUUGAGACUUACAUUAAAUAGGGGUUUAGAUUUUGAGGGAUUUUGAAGGGGAAUUUGCAAGAGAAUCACCAAACCGAAACCGGAAGAUGGAAACCCCAGAAACAAAACCUCAAAGCUGGAGCUCCUCGCCGGCGCUGCCAACAUCAGUGUCGAGACUAUGGAGGCCGGCCGCUCAACGGAACCUGAGGAACCAAUGGUCAAAAUUGGCUUCUUAUAGGAAACAGUGGCUUUCUUCUUCUUCCCUCGGAAGAUCUCACGCCACCUCUCUCGUCAACGCUUAUUUGUCUCAAAAAUACAUGCCACUAAUGGAGCUUGGUGCUCUAAGUGAUAUGCCGGAUAUUCGAAAGAAGGCUUCGUUGAAGUUGUUUAAGCAGCAAGAGCUUCAUGGUAGCAACCUUCUGUCAUCUUACAAGGAUAUGGUAACUGUUAUAAAACAUAUGGUUGAUGCUGGGAGAUCCAUGAGAUGCUUUCUAAAAGGGACUUCUGGCAGUCCACUUGUACAAUUUUCUGGUACUUCUGAGGAUAAUAAUGAUGCUGGUGAUGGUGGUGGGAUCCCAGUUUUUGCAUUUUGGUCAAUUUCUUCCUUCGAAAAAUUGGCAGAGGAGCUUGUUCAGAUGUUCAAGUUGGAACUAAGUUUGAAGCGAUUACUUGUAGUCGAGUUACUAUCCGUUAGUUGUGAAGAUCAACAAGUCAACAAGGUUUGUUGGUCAGAUGAGCUUUAUCCAGGAGAAUUUAACGAUUUGGUUAUAUGCAACUUGUAUUCCGAAGAUAAUUCUGAGCCAGUUCAUCCACAAUUGAAGGAAUGCAAAACUGAUGUGCCAGCUGUACCACACAACAGUCAGCCAGACCAUGAAACCUUGCAGGUGUAUCUGACAACAUGGCUUGCAGAGGUGAACAUAGAUGCUCACAGGGUAGAUGAAAUAUUUGCAAUAAUUGGGGAGGAAAUGCAUGUUAUGCUCUCAUAAAAGCAUCUUUCCAUUUGAAAAACAUCAAGCCCUGGUUAGAUGCAGUGAUGUGGUUCAUUUUUCUCAAGCAUUUCGGCUCAACAUAUUAACUGAGUUAUGUGGGUGGAAGGUCUCGUGUCAUAAAUAGAGGAAUUACAAUUUCUCCUCAGCGGAUGAGAUCCUUUAAACGGAAAACGAACAUGUUAAUGGUUGACAAGAGGGGAGGGAGGGCGGGGGUGUGAAUCUCAAAAAGGCAAUUCGUUACUGGACUGCCUUUGUUGCAGUAGUCCUUCUCAAACACCUCAUUAAUGCUCAAGAGAUGUUCAUGGCCAAAAUUUUCGUUGUUGGAGAAUUUCUGAAAUUAUUGAGUCAAAUUCCAUUUUCUUGAAAAUUAUGGAUGUUGUAGGGUUGAGUGUUUGGAAUAGAGGUUUGAGUUUAGCCGUUUGUACUAAUUAGAUGAAUAAGAAAUAAGAAUAUUUAAAUUGU